CCCCGCCCCCCGUGCGUGUGUCGCAGCUGCCGGGGCUUGGAAUCGAGCUGUCGCGAGAGAAGCGUUGCUGGGAUUCAAAUCCCGCGCGUGGAGAACCGCCGUCUCGCAGAAGCCCGCAAGAUGCCUUCAAGACUAAGAAAGACCAGGAAACUGCGGGGGCAUGUCAGCCACGGCCAUGGUCGCAUUGGUAAACACAGAAAACAUCCUGGAGGACGUGGCAAUGCUGGUGGCAUGCACCAUCACAGAAUUAACUUUGACAAAUAUCAUCCUGGCUAUUUUGGAAAGAUCGGUAUGAGACAUUAUCAUCUGAAGAAAAACCAGCAUUUCUGCCCCACAGUGAAUCUGGAUAAGCUCUGGACACUUGUUAGCGAGCAAACAAGGCUCAAGUAUGCCAAACAUCCCUCUGGGUUAGCACCUGUUAUUGAUGUUGUACGCUCAGGUUAUUAUAAAGUCCUGGGCAAGGGGAAGCUGCCCAAACAGCCUGUAAUUGUGAAGGCAAAAUUCUUCAGCAGAAAAGCAGAAGAGAAAAUAAAAGAAGUUGGUGGAGCUUGUGUGCUAGUAGCAUAAGGACUUGCCUUUGUACUGGUUUUAAAUAAACCAUCUCGGAUUUAUUAAA